GUUUGCAUAUCUCAUCCCUCCGUGUAGGGUUUUGCGAUUUCCAGAGAGAGAGAGAGUGAGACUGAGAUUGAAGUCUCCUGAAUCAGCUGAAGCCAAAUCGAUAAGAUGCAGAGAUCGAUUUCAUUGACGGCCAAAAGAUUGUUUGUUCAUUGGAAUCUCCAGGGGAUAGGUAAUCCUCCAACUGUUCCUUCUUUCUUCAAUCUUUGCGGUUCCGGUUGCUGGGAACGAUCUUUUGCUAGUGCUAGUGGUGAUUACAGAGAGAUAUUGAGAAAUAGGCUAAGUGAUAUUAUUAAGGUAGAUGAUGCGGUUGAUCUGUUCGGUGACAUGGUCAAGUCUCGUCCAUUUCCUUCCAUUGUUGAAUUCAAUAAACUGUUGAGUGCCGUUGCUAAGAUGAACAAGUUUGAACUUGUCAUCUCUCUCGGCGAGCAGAUGCAAACUUUGGGAAUUUCACAUGAUCUUUACACAUACAGUAUUUUCAUCAACUGCUUUUGCCGACGCUCUCAGCUCUCUCUUGCUUUAGCUGUUCUUGCCAAGAUGAUGAAACUCGGCUAUGAGCCCGAUAUUGUCACGCUUUCUUCGCUGCUCAAUGGCUACUGUCACAGUAAGAGGAUUUCUGAUGCCGUAGCUUUGGUUGAUCAAAUGGUCGAAAUGGGAUAUAAACCUGAUACCUUUACAUUCACAACUCUAAUUCAUGGACUUUUUCUUCACAACAAAGCUUCAGAAGCAGUGGCUUUAGUUGAUCAAAUGGUUCAAAGAGGAUGUCAACCAGAUCUGGUUACUUAUGGUACCGUAGUAAACGGAUUAUGUAAGAGAGGUGAUAUUGAUUUGGCUUUAAAUCUGCUCAACAAGAUGGAAGCUGCGAGAAUAAAGGCUAAUGUUGUGAUCUUCAACACAAUCAUCGAUAGUCUCUGCAAAUAUAGACAUGUGGAAGUUGCUGUUGACUUAUUCACUGAAAUGGAAACCAAAGGAAUUAGACCUAAUGUUGUCACCUACAAUUCCCUCAUUAAUUGCCUUUGUAAUUACGGAAGAUGGAGUGAUGCCUCUCGACUACUGAGUAAUAUGCUUGAGAAGAAAAUCAACCCCAAUGUUGUUACUUUCAAUGCAUUGAUCGAUGCGUUUUUUAAAGAGGGGAAGCUUGUAGAGGCUGAAAAAUUGCACGAGGAGAUGAUCCAAAGGUCUAUAGAUCCAGAUACUAUCACUUACAAUUUAUUGAUCAAUGGGUUUUGCAUGCACAAUCGCCUAGACGAGGCCAAGCAGAUGUUUAAGUUCAUGGUUAGCAAGGACUGUCUUCCAAAUAUACAGACUUAUAAUACGCUUAUAAAUGGAUUUUGUAAGUGUAAAAGGGUUGAGGAUGGUGUGGAACUCUUCCGCGAGAUGUCUCAAAGGGGAUUAGUUGGCAACACAGUCACUUACACCACUAUUAUCCAAGGGUUUUUUCAAGCUGGCGACUGUGAUUCUGCCCAAAUGGUAUUCAAACAGAUGGUUUCUAAUCGUGUGCCUACAGAUAUUAUGACAUACAGCAUUUUGUUGCAUGGACUUUGUAGUUAUGGGAAGCUAGAUACAGCAUUGGUCAUAUUCAAGUAUCUGCAAAAGAGUGAAAUGGAACUUAAUAUUUUUAUAUAUAAUACUAUGAUUGAAGGGAUGUGCAAGGCUGGCAAGGUGGGAGAAGCGUGGGAUUUAUUUUGUAGCCUCAGCAUUAAGCCUGAUGUUGUAACAUACAAUACAAUGAUCUCAGGAUUGUGUAGUAAACGCCUACUACAGGAAGCAGAUGACCUGUUCAGAAAAAUGAAAGAAGAUGGUACUCUUCCAAAUAGUGGUACAUAUAAUACGCUUAUCAGAGCAAACCUUAGAGAUUGUGACAGAGCCGCAUCAGCAGAACUCAUCAAAGAAAUGAGGAGUUCUGGGUUUGUUGGAGAUGCUUCAACCAUUAGCUUGGUGACAAAUAUGUUGCAUGAUGGGAGAUUGGACAAAAGCUUUCUCAAUAUGCUUUCUUAAAACAGUUUGUCCUCGAGGUAGGAGGAGUCUGAGGUUAACACACACGAGCUACAGAAGAAGAUUUCAGACGUGUCAUCAUUAUGGUUACUGUAGUAGAUUUGGUUUUUAACCAAACGUAUUUUAUAGUUUUGGUUCAAUAAAUAUAACUUUAUUUCGUUUCUUGUUCCCAGUUCUUUUUUCUUUUUUUUGGUCACAAGUGUGUUUAUUCAUAAUAUAAAGUCAAUGUAACAGACCAAGAGUUUACACCAUUUCACAAUGUCAUGCCUUACUCAUAUAGUGUUAUCGAAUUAC